GACCUUUCGCUGCUCUUUAUUCCUCUCUCUCUGUUUCUGAAACCCUAAACCCCCAUUUUCUACGAUCACAACCUCAAACCUUUCAUUGCCCAAUUCCAUCUGUUGCUUGGAUCUUGACGUAGUUGUCUUGUUACUGUAUUUCCUGGGUUUGAUUGGCUUCUUCAGUGAUGGCUGCAAAGCUUCUUGCCAAUUUGCUUGUGGUUGGCUCAGGGGUGUUGGCCAGGGCUUUUGUUCAAGCAUACCGCCAGGCACUGACGAAUGCCUCAAAGACUGGCGUUGCUCAUGAAGCAACACAGAGUCUUAGGAGAGCAAGCAAAACUAUGGCUGAAGGAGAGGCAAGGCAGGUAUUAGGUGUCACAGAGCAUGCAUCAUGGGAGGAGAUUGUGCAGCGAUAUGACAACAUGUUCGAGAGGAAUGCCAAAAGCGGAAGCUUCUAUCUCCAGUCAAAGGUCCAUCGAGCUAAAGAAUGCUUAGAAGGCGUUUACAGAAAGAAGGUUGAGGGUGGGGAUAUAUGAUGCACAACUUUCACUUUCUAAAUUCUGCCCGGAGUUCAUGUUAGUGAAACCUGCGAACUGCAAGAGUCAUGGCAGAGUACUAUCGUGCUGUUGCCUGGUGCUCGUAUCUGCUCAUCUGGUAGCGUGGAACACUGGAAUCAACAGUUAUGCCACUACUUGUAUUGUAGUUACAUUGGUUUCUAUUCAUAUUGAAGAUAAAUAACAUGACGAGAUCCACUUUUUUUCUUCACUUCAUAUUCCUACUAUUGUUCAUUUCUUGUCUAUUGACAGCUGCUUCUGUAUGAUAUAUUGCGCCUUACUCUACUUUUUAUAUCAAAGCCUGCGGGUUAUACCUUUAGUUUAC